AUGCAGCCAAGCACCCCGCUGAGGCGCGCUCAGGCUGCCCUCACCCGGGUCAAUGACUUCGGCCCCAAUAGCUCGAACACCAAGAUGUACAUCUACGUGCCGAGCAAGCUGGCCGCGAAGCCGCCCAUCAUCGUGGCGAUCCACUACUGCACCGGCACGGCCCAGGCAUACUACAGCGGGUCGCCCUACGCCCAGCUGGCCGACCAGAAGGGUUUCAUCGUCAUCUAUCCGGAGUCCCCCUACAGCGGCACCUGCUGGGAUGUGUCGUCGAGGGCGGCCCUCACGCACAACGGCGGCGGCGACAGCAACUCGAUCGCCAACAUGGUCAACUACACGCUGAACAAGUACAACGGCGACCCCAGCAAGGUGUUCGUGACCGGCUCGUCGUCUGGCGCCAUGAUGACGAACGUGAUGGCGGCCACGUACCCCGAGAUGUUCGCCGCAGGCAUCGUCUACUCCGGUACCCCUGCCGGCUGCUUCUACAGCCAGUCCGGCGGCACCGACCAGUGGAACAGCUCCUGCGCCAACGGCCAGAUCCACAGCACGCCCGAGGUGUGGGCCAAGAUGGUCCACGACAUGUAUCCGGGCUACAACGGCUCGCGCCCCAAGAUGCAGAUCUACCACGGCUCGGCCGACACCACGCUCUACCCCAGCAACUACAACGAGACCAUCAAGGAGUGGUGCGGCGUCUUUGGCUACGACUACACCAAGCCCGACACCACCCAGGCCAACACGCCGCAGGCCAGGUACACGACUUACACCUGGGGCGACCAUCUCGUGGGCAUUUAUGCCCAGGGCGUCGGACACACGGUGCCGAUUCGUGGGAGCGAUGACAUGAAGUUCUUUGGGCUGUGA